GUGUGGCCAAAUUUUAAGCAUUUAUAAAUAGCUUCCUAACAACUUUUUCUUCACUUAAAUCAUCAAUUCGAUCGAUCAUCGAUCAUAUCAUAGUAAUAAUCCAUCAACAUGACGACCAACCUACCUAUCCGAGUCCUCGUGAGCCGAUGGUUCAUGGUGUUUGGAACCAUGUUGAUCCUAUCAGCCGCGGGUGCCACCUACAUGUUCGGUCUAUAUUCUAGUGACAUAAAAUCUUCCCUAGGAUAUGACCAAACUACCCUCAAUCUACUAAGUUUUUUCAAAGAUUUAGGGUCAAAUGUUGGUAUUUUAUCAGGUCUAAUCAAUGAAAUUUCACCACCAUGGGUUGUUCUUUCAAUUGGGGCUAUAUUAAAUUUUUUUGGUUAUUUUAUGAUAUGGAUGGCCGUGACCAAAAAAAUGUCAACAAAAGUUUGGUUAAUGUGUUUAUAUAUUUGUAUUGGUGGAAAUUCACAAUCUUUUGCUAAUACUGGUGCACUUGUUACAUGUGUUAAAAAUUUUCCAGAGUCACGUGGUGCUGUUCUUGGAUUACUCAAAGGUUUUGUUGGUUUAAGUGGUGCAAUUUUAACACAAAUUUUUCAUGCCCUUUAUGGUAAUGAUUCUAAGUCUUUAAUUUUACUUAUUGGUUGGUUACCAGCUGUUAUUUCUUUUGUUUUUUUACGUACAAUUAGGAUUAUACAAGUUGUUAGAAUCGCACAUGAACUUAAAGUGUUCUAUAAGUUUUUGUACAUGUCACUUGUUCUGGCUGGAUAUCUCAUGGUGAUUAUCAUACUUCAAAAGAAAUUCGAUUUCACCAGAGUAGAGUAUGGUUUGAGCGCUGCUCUUGUAAUAUUCUUGCUUUUCUUACCACUUGGUUUGGUUAUAAAGGAGGAAAUCAAUUCAUGGAAUGCGAAGAAACUCGCCUUGGAUAGUAUUUCCAAGGUUAAAGUUGUAACUGAAAAUCCUAAAAGUGAGGCUCCUCAAUUACCACCACCACCACCAUCAUCAGCAGUUGUGACCACUGAUCAAGGUUUGGAUGGUAUUGUUCAAGAAAAGUCAAAAAGUAGUGUUGUUGACUUAAAAGAUCAAGAGGUUUCAGUUUCUUGUUGGAAGACAGUUUUUCAACCGCCAGCCCGGGGUGAAGACUUUACUAUACUCCAAGCUCUAUUCAGUCUAGACAUGUUGAUACUAUUUGUUGCUACAAUUUGUGGAGUUGGUGGGACAUUAACAGCUAUAGACAAUUUAGGACAAAUUGGGACAUCACUAGGGUACCCUAAAAAAAGUAUUAGUACAUUUGUGUCCUUAGUAAGUAUAUGGAAUUAUUUAGGAAGAGUAGUGGCUGGUUUCUUAUCAGAAUAUUUUUUGAAAAAAUACAAAUUUCCAAGACCUUUAGCCCUAACCAUAACACUAGUAGUCUCUUGCAUAGGCCACAUUUUAAUUGCAUUUAAUGUGCCUAGUGGACUAUACAUUGCAUCCAUAAUUAUUGGAUUUUGUUUUGGGGCACAAUGGCCAUUACUUUUUGCAAUAAUUUCUGAACUUUUUGGACUAAAAUACUACUCAACAUUAUAUAAUUUUGGGUCAGUAGCAAGUCCAAUUGGUUCAUAUGUGCUUAAUGUAAGAGUGGCUGGUUAUUUAUAUGAUAGAGAGGCAGAAAAACAAUUGAAGGUAUUGGGAAGGACAAGAGGGGAUGGUGAAGAUUUGAAUUGUGAUGGAGUUGAGUGUUUUAAAUUAGCUUUUAUUAUUAUAACAUUAGUUACUAUUUUUGGUGCUUUUGUUUCAAUUAUUUUAGUGAUUAGGACUAGGAAGUUUUAUAAGAGUGAUAUUUAUAAGAAAUUUAGAGAAGAAGCUAAGAAUGAUGAGAUGGAAAUGACAUUGGCACAAAAUGGUACUAGUAAGGGGUAGAUUAGGAAUGAAUUGUAAGAAGACAAAAAUGUUGAAUAGAAGAAAAAGAAAUUAAAGAUUUUUAGAUAGUUUUUGGUAUCUUUUUGUAAUAUAGUACAUGUAUGAACUAUAUUUUUGAUAUUUUCUCUCACAUGUACUUUCCUUUACUUAAUUUU